AUGUGCUCCACAGCUGUCCCGUUGCAUCUAUCGAUGCUCGCGCUACAUUAUUCCUCUUUGGAGAAUCACUACACACACAAUCCGCUUUCUGCCAUGUGCUGUUUAUUGCACCUGCGCACUGAAAAAGGCCACGCUACAAUCCAACAAAGGUUGAAAGCACUACUUACGAGCUCAAAUCCAUAUGAAUGGUUUGACAACAAUGAACAUUUGUUUGACUUCAACUGGAAACGAAAGUUUAAGUUUAUGGAGAAUUAUGUAAUAGGAGUGGAUGAGAGGUCUGGAAUUAGGUAUUAUGUGGCCGUUCCCUCUCGGAGGACAUUAUCACUGGAUUCGAACGAAGUCGAAAACGUCGCCCAGGUGAUAGAAGCGAAUUGUGGGCGAAUCAAAAAAGAGCGUAAUGGUAUGCUUCAUUAUACAGUCUUACUAAUCAAGAAACUGAGCGCAAACAGGAUUUCAAAGUGCGCCGAUUGUAUGGGCGGAGUCAGAGUGUAUUUUACCUUGGUAGGGCUUUCCUCUUCUUCGCAAUUUUGA